GUGAAUGUGAAUGUGAAUGGAUGGAUCAAGCGGGGGAAGCAAUGCGAUUGAAGCGCAUAUUGCGGGCAGCAGGCAGGCUGGCUUGAUUGAUUGAUGCACACAUACAUUGACUGACCCAUCGUUUGCACUGCCCACCACCCCUCUCUUCACAUCAUCGAGCCCAAUCACCAAAGCUUCAAAGAGAGAUUGAUCACAGACGACCAUGUCAGGAACUGCAGCCCAAGCACAGCAAGCCGUUACGGCUAUUCUGUCUGUAUACGACAAGACGGGCUUGGUAGACUUGGCGCGCGGAUUGGCUUCCAAAGGUGUCCGUUUGCUGGGAAGUGGAGGCACUGCCAAGCUGGUCAGAGAAAGCGGAAUCGAGAUUGGAGAUGUCUCGGACAUCACCAAAGCUCCCGAGAUGCUCGGCGGUAGAGUCAAGACGCUCCACCCGGCAGUGCACGGAGGCAUCUUGGCUCAGAUGUCCAAGUCGUCCGACGCUCAAGAUCUCUCCGCACAAGGCUAUUCGCCAAUCUCCAUCGUCGUUUGCAAUUUGUACCCUUUCGAGGAGACCAUCGCCAAGCCGGACGUCUCCAUUGCAGGUGCAGUCGAGGAAGUCGAUAUUGGCGGCGUCACGCUACUGAGAGCGGCCGCCAAGAAUCACGAGCGCGUCUAUGUCCUCAGCGACCCCAAGGAUUACGGUAGCUUCCUGAGCAGCUUUGGCAAGGAAGAUGAAGAAGCCAAGAAGCUCAGAAACACUUUAGCGUUGAAGGCAUUCACCGCCACAGCUUCUUACGACCGAGCUAUUAGCGACUACUUUAGGAAGCAGUAUUCGUCCGGUGAUCAAGGCACCCCCAACUCUUCUGGUACCGCACAGCAGAUCACACUGAGGUACGGCGCCAAUCCUCAUCAAAAGCCGGCUCAGGCAUUUGUGGAGAAGGGCGAGCUGCCGAUCAAAGCUCUUUCGGGCUCGCCGGGCUAUAUUAACCUGCUCGACAGCCUCAACGCUUGGGCGCUGGUCAAGGAGCUUGCGGAAGCUACUGGCCUUCCCGCCGCUGCCUCUUUCAAGCACGUCUCACCCGCUGGAGCUGCCAUUGGAGUGCCUCUGAGCGAGGUGGAAGCCAAGGCUUGCUUUGUGGACGAUCUCGGAGAGCUCUCGCCGCUGGCAUCCGCUUACGCUCGUGCCAGAGGGGCAGACAGAAUGUCCUCUUUUGGCGACGUCAUCGGUCUUUCUCACGAGUGCGAUGCUCAGACGGCGCGCAUCAUUGGCAGAGAAGUUUCGGACGCAGUCAUUGCGCCUUCCUUCACUCCUGAAGCUUUGCAAGUGCUGCAGAAGAAAAAAGCGGGCAAGUACUGCGUGAUCCAGGUGAAUGCCGAGUUCGAGCCUGACUCUGUCGAAUCUAGGCAAGUGUACGGCAUCACGCUCCAGCAGCGCAGAAACGACAUCAAGAUCGUGCCACAAUUGUUUGAGAAUCUUGUCAGCGAGAACAAGACGGUGACGGAGCAGGCAAAGCUGGACAUGAUUGUGGCUACUUUGGCGCUCAAAUACACCCAGAGCAAUUCGGUCUGCUAUGCGCUCAACGGACAAGUGAUCGGUCUGGGAGCAGGUCAACAGUCCCGCAUCCACUGCACACGCCUUGCGGGCUCCAAAGCGGACAACUGGUGGCUGCGCCAGCACCCUCGUGUCCUCGCACUGCCGUUCAAAAAAGGAACAAAGAGGCCAGAAAAGUCCAAUGCGAUCGAUCUGUUCGUAGAGGGAGCAUUGGAAGAUGAAGAUUUCAAAGACAGCCAGGAACGCAAAGAGUGGGAGAAUGCGUUCGAGCAAGUUCCGCACGCUUUGACCAAAGAGGAACGCAAGGAGCACGCCAAGAAGCUCAAAGGCGUCGUCUGCAGCUCGGACGCGUUCUUCCCUUUCCCGGACAAAUCAUUGCACAGCGUUCAUCGCGCUGCUCGUAGCGGCACAUCCUACAUUGCUGCUCCAGGAGGCAGCGUCAUGGACGACGCCUGCGUCGAGGCUGCCAACGGCCAUGGCAUUGUUGUUGCCAGGACCAACCUGCGCCUCUUCCAUCACUGAAUCGAUCAUCACAAGAGAGCUGAGAGCGAAGGAACCUUGCAUGGGAGGGGAAGCUCGAUGCGAUGCAGAGCAAAGAUUCGGCUUGGCUGAAAUGCUGCGACCAUACAAGGGAAUGUGGAAAUGCGAUCACGAUUGGCUGGCGCAGCGAAGCUAGUGAGGAGCG